CUACAUCACCUACAGAAAGCCUGUACUGAUAUGGAUCACUGUGUUUAAAAUCCCACAAAAGCCUAAAUGUAGGAUAUUCUAACUUCCACGCCUUACCUGACGCAUCAUAUGUGCGGUUAGUCACGUGAACAAAGGUCACCUACGUAUAAAUCAUCCCAUCGCAGAUGACUGUUAUAUACAGUAUUACCUGCGGUGCGCUGCCCUGAGAGUCAAUGUCCAUCUUUAAUAAUCAGAAAUAAAGAAUAAACAAAAUGCAUUUCGGCACAUUAAAGCUUAUGGAUCUGCAUGAACUGAGCUUGUACAUCCACGGCUUAUCUUUCGAAGCAGGCAUGAUGAGCACCAAAGAGGAGCUAGAACAUCAGGAGAGCCAGAUCUCCACGGUACAACACGCAGGGACGCACGUCGCGCUGGGGACGCGUUCUGCCAGCAUCGCUCUGUCCUCCACCGGGUCAUGGCGAGACUCGACGCGCAGUUGGGGCUGGCUGCUGUCCGGCGCGGUGCUCGUUAACGUGCUUGUGCUCGGAUGUGCGCUCGUCAGCGGCAGCGUGUUUAACGCACAACACGUGACCAGCGUGCACCUGCAGCUUUACCUGGUGGCUCUGAUCGUCUCCACUACAGUCUGGAUGGUCUUCUAUAAAGCGUACACGUGCCGAGAGGACGAGGCAGUACUCUAUAAGGAUCUGCACGCCGGGCCUGUGUGGCUCAGAGGUGGCCUGGUGCUGUUUGGAAUCUGUAGCUUAAUCAUGGAUGUUUUCAAGAUAGCCUUCUAUGUGGGUCGUGUGCACUGCGACUCACCUGUGAAAAUCGUCUUCCCUGCCGUUCAAGCCAUGUUUGUUUUGGUGCAGACUUACUUUCUCUGGCUCCAUGCCAAGGAUUGUGUACAAGUGCAGAGAAACGUAACUCGCUCUGGGUUAAUGCUCACCUUGGCAACAAACCUGAUGAUCUGGAUGAUGGCAGUGACAGAAGAGUCUCUCCAUCAAACAGUGUAUCCCAAUGAUACACGUAGCUUUGGUUCCCGGAGUCUCACACUUAAAGCUAGUGCUUCUGAUGACAGCAGUUGCGUGUGCACUAUUGCGGCUUGCAACGUCUUUGAAGAAGGCUACUAUUACCUCUAUCCAUUCAACAUUGAGUACAGCCUGUUUGCAUCAGCCAUGGCUUAUGUGAUGUGGAAAAAUGUGGGCCGGCUGGUGGAUGACCACGGUCACCAUGAGCACCGCUUCCACAUGCGCGAUGUGCUGAUCGGCCCGGCCACCGGCCUCCUGGUGUUAGUGGCUGGCUUGACCAUAUUUGUAGUGUACGAGGUGGAUGUAUUAUCUGACGAGCCAGGAAGGAAAGACACGGCCCUCAUCAUGUACUACGUAACCAACACAACCACGGUGGUACUGAUGACUGUGGCAGCGGCGGCCGGCUGUGCUGUAUACCGGCUGGAACAGCGUGAGCAUGCUGUGGGGAAAAACCCAACACGCAGCCUGGAUGUAGGGCUGUUAGUGGGCGCCUCUGUAGGCCAGCUCACUGUCUCUUACUUUACCAUCGUGGCCGUGAUAGGGAUCGGUGUGGGUGGCUUGGUCAACGCCCUCAACCUGGCUUGGAGUGUUCUCACUAUAGUCGAGCUUUGCGUACAGAACAUAUUCAUAAUCGAAGGCUUGCGGCGGGAGCCACACCAGGACACACGCCGUGCCAGCAUCUUCUCCAAUCUGCUCGCCUUACAAGCACACGACGAGCGUAGGAGGUCCAGCAACGUACUCACCCCUCGUGGCUCCAUCGCCAUCUCAGUCCACAAGCCCCUGCCCUGGAAGAGGAAGCUUCUCAAGGAGAUCUCAUCAUUCCUGCUGCUUUCCAACAUUAUUCUUUGGAUCAUACCUGCCUUUGGAGCACGGCCGCAGUUUGACAACCCCCUUGGAGCGGAUUUCUACGAGUUUAGCAUGUGGGUGGCUGUGGUUAACAUUGGACUGCCUUUUGGUAUCUUUUACAGAAUGCACUCGGUAGCCAGUCUUUUAGAGGUUUACCUUACAUCAUAAAUCCACAGCUUUAGACAAUACCUGCUCACGUUUUAUGAAACUAUUUGUUUUGUAAAUGACACUAUCUAUUUUUAUACUUUUUUGUCUAAUAUAUUUACUUCGAAAAGAAUGAAUGAAUGAAUGAAUGUAAAGAUGUGUAUAUUAGGUGUGGUGUACAGUAUAUGCAGUUGGGUGACAAAUUAAAGGUGAUUUUUACACUAGGAACAUUUACUGUGGUCCAAAUCAGAGUGGGAUUGUUCCCAGUACGCCGUGGAGUUUUAACCUGGUUUCAGUAUAGUAUUAUAUUGAUAUAAUACUAUAUCGACUUGAUAGUCCAUAGUAUCGAUAGGUGCAUUUGUGUUUAUUACAAUGUGCAUCGAGAACACAACCACCAAAUUCACACCACCUCAGAAAGUCAGAGGAAGUCAGAGGUUUACUCUCAUGUGGUGCGCUGCCUGGUCCACAUGACAACUUUCAUAUUAACAAUUUUUCAUUCGAACCAUCUCUUUCAGACUAAACUAUCAGUGUGAAAGCCUCCUUAGUAAGGUGUUGGGCCAGCACAAGCUGCCAGAAAAGCUUUAAUAUAUAAUGGCACAGCUGUUGUGUACUGUUUUUCCAAAAGUUGUUCCCCCAGUUUGAUGAUGAUGAUGAUGAUGAUGAUGAGAGCGCUGUCCAAAAUCUCUCAUUUAAAUGGGUUGAAGCAUGGGAUAUAAUUUACAUACAUUUCACACCCAGUGAGCCCUUGACAAGUGGACACAAAACCAUGCCAGGAAAAUGCUUCAGGUGCAACACAACCAACUGUUUUUUCCCCACCUGUCUGUAUGUGAUGAUUAUAUACAGCUUGAAAUAUUUGAAACUUUAUUCAUUCUACACAUUAGGAAAUACAAAUAUUUGUACUUCUGAUAUGAAAACUGCACUUUGUAAGACAAUAAAACUAAAUAAUCUGUU